AUGGCCAAGAAACUCAUUGUGAUUGCUGGUGCAACCGGCAAUCAGGGUUCCGCGAUCGCCCGUGGAUUGAUUAAGACUGGAGACUGGCACAUCCGUGCCGUGACCAGGAAUCCGAAUGGAGAGAAGGCAAAGAAACUUGCUGCUGAGGGUAUGGAGAUUGUUCAGGGUGACUACAAUGAUGAAGAAUCUAUGAAGAAAGCCUUUGAUGGCGCGCAAGCCAUUUUUGCGGUGACCAACUGGUGGGAUGGCCUCUUCAGGGGCGCUAGUCUGAACGAAGCUGGUGAUAUCGAAUAUGCUCAAGGUACCAUGCUCGCAAGGCUGGCGUCUCAAGUCAAGACAUUAGAGCAUUAUAUCUGGAGCACAUUGCCAAACGGGGAGAAACUUACUGAGGGAAGAAUCCCUGUUCCCCAUUUUGACUACAAGGCUCGGGUCGACGAUUACAUCAAGGAGACCUUGCCAGAACUGGCUGCUAAGACAACCUUCCUCAUGUUUGGUUUCUAUCCAACAAACUUUGCCGACUUCCCAAUGUUGAAGCCAGUGCCAGUAAAAACUGCUCCAGGAAAAUAUCUUUGGAUGAUUCCAGCAGCUCCUUCCACUCUUUAUCCCAUGGCUGGUGACAUGAGCAAGGAGCCAGGUAUCUGGGCAAGGCAAAUUUUGGCCAACCCCAAGGUAUCACAUGGCAAGUACGCCGCUGUUUGCACUGAGGUACUCAGUCUUGGAGAGGUGCUCGAAACAUGGUCUGCUGUUUCAGGAAAGCAAGGUAUAUAUGUCGAGGUAAAAGAGCACGUUAUCGCUGAUCUGUAUGGGUUGCCCGGAGAAGAGGCUCUUACCGGAGUUAGAUUUGGCAUAGAAGUGCCCGAUUGGUGGGCGCUAGCGAAGAAACAGGGUCUCUUCAUCACCAUGGAAGAUCUAAGUAUCUCAAGAGAUGAGGUUUCUAACCUUAGGCAGAGUCUCGAGGCUAUUAAAGAGUUUUUAGGUUAG